UUACCAAAAAAAACCUUAAAAAAUGAAACCCAAACAAAAUAUCUCUCUAGUUUUUUCCUCUUACUUUUCUUCUUCUUCUUUUUCCUCCUCUGUUAGAAUCCAAGCCCACCAAACGGUUUGAAAGCUCUCUCUGCCCCCAUGGAAGAAGACUACAGCAGAUCAAGGUCGUCGUACGGCGGCGGCGGGAAUAAUAUGCAGGUGGGAAGCUACUAUGGACACCCAACGAGGCCGCCACCCCCCACUUCCUCCUAUGAGCUGAGGAGCUACAGUGUUUCAUAUGCACAAACCCAGAAGGCUAAUCAGAAUUAUAACUAUAAUAACAGGGAGAUUAAGCUGAAAAAAGGGAAAAGCAUUUCUGGGUCGUCUUCGAAUUGGGGGGUCCUGGCUGAUCCGGAGUUGCAGAGGAAGAAGAGGGUUGCGAGCUACAAGAUGUACUCUGUGGAGGGGAAGAUGAAGGGCUCGUUCAGGAAAAGCUGCAGGUGGCUUAAAGAUAAGUACACCCAAGUGCUUUAUGGCUGGUCGUGAUUAAAAGUGAUUAAUAAGUGCUUUUUGGUGGGCAAUAUUUAGAUUUUGUUCUGUAAUUAUUCUUAUUUGUAAGUCUUUUGAAAUGGAGUUUAUGGUUGUGAUCGUAUAAAAAAAAAAUCACGAUUUGAGUUUGCUGCAAAUUAAUAAAUUGAACUGAACUGUAAAUUGGAGUGUAUUGUUUCUGGUUUUGAAUCAAUUUGUCACCUUCUGUGAUUAUCCA